UUGACACCGGUAUUCUCUACCGUACGGAGGGGCAUCCUUCCGCGGCUCGGGAAACCCGUCGAUGCGCCGGAGGCCACGGACGAAAACCGAUGAGGAGAACUCCCGCCCUUCUGUUUCUCGUCGCACCGGCAUCGUGCCACGGUGGCUCGUUCGCACCGGCGUUGCUGGUGCCGUCCGGUUCCGGCAACCGGCGAAAGCAUCGAGCACCGUGGCAACGGCCAAUACUGCGUGGCGCCGUCGGCGGUGCCGACCGUGACGAUCGGGGCUGCGACCGGGACACAAGCAAUGGGCACAAUGGCCGUCCUCGCGGUCGCAUCCGAGCCGUAGACCUUCCCGAUCGGCGCUCCGCCCUUCGCGGAUCGGCGGUCGUUUUCCUGGGCCUUUCGUCUCCGCCGGUGCACCCCGAAGGCCCGCUCUUAGCGGAACCGGCCGCGGCGGAAGAGAUCCCGGCACGGCCCGGAGGAACACCCGACGCGGGUGCCCGGCGCCUGCCCGAUCGGGUGGUCCGGUCCCUGAGGUACGAGCGAGUCCUCGGAGCGGGAAGCUACAAAAGGGUGUACCUCGUUUCGGCGACGAGUCGUCCCCCGGAAGGGGGCGAUCCGAUCGCCGGCGCAACAGCUCCCCGCACUUUCCGUUACGCCAUGGCCGUGGAACGCCUGCGAAACAAACGAGACGUCAAGAACGCCUUUCGCGGGGUAAGGAUCCCGGACCUCAUACGGGAGGGACCGGAGGGCGGAACUCCCGUCGACGCCGGCGACCGGGAGCUCUUUGAAACCAUCGUCGACUGGUGGGUCCAGGCCUCGGACGUGCCGGAGUUUGCCGGGGGGCGGCCGGUUUUUCCGCAAGCGCAAAGAGGCGACGGACCCUUGCCGGGCCUAGACCGGGCGAUCGGGAGAACGAGAUCCGCGCCGCGAAAGAACUUUGUUGGGUCCCGGUGGAUGCUCUCCUUCAAGCCCGUCUACGAAACCGAUCUCAAGCGGUUCGUGAGAAACUCGCCGGCGCUCUACCCCGUUGGCGGCUCGAGCGAAACGCUCCGGGGGUCCCCGGUCCGGGACGAGUACUGGUCGGAGCCCGUCCUCAUGGGGUUCGUUCUCGAGGUGCUCCGCGCCGGGAAGCUCAUGCACGACGCCGGCGUCGUGCACAGAGACAUCAAGCCGAAAAACAUAAUGGUGUCCUUGUCCCCCUCUGCCUCCGACGGGAGUCUUCGGAGGAGGCCGGUCAUUAUCGACUACGGGUUUUCCGAGAUUGGAAGUCCCACGGUCUUGGACGAGGGAGGAAAAGGACCACCGGGGCGAACGGCGGAAAAGGCCAGCGAUGUUUGUGUGGUUCGCCCGGGCCAGCUCAAAGGGGAGAUCGGCUACGUCCUCGUAGAGGACCUGGCCAAUUACCGUGGGUGCCAAAGGGGAGACACCUAUGCCAUGGGGAAAACCUUGUACGAAUUCAUCUUUGGUUCCGCUGGCUUGCAAGAAGCACGAACGGAACAGGAGGACAGAGACCAGGAAGAAAUUUCGGUGGAAGCAGCCCGGGUGCAAGCCAACGAAUUUCAUAGCCUCUUGUUCGGGAACCCCACGGCCGGGAACGAGAGUCGCUUUCGCCUGUCGCGGGGAGCCGCGGAUUGCCUGCUGUCGAUCGUUCGGGGCUUGUGCAGCGCCGGACGACGAGGGGGAGAUCCCAUGUCGUUCGCCGACGCGGAAACAAGCCUCUCGGGCUUUGUCUCCUCGCAGUCGUAUGCUGCGUCUCGCUAAAAACGAAAACGAAAUUAGCACGGCACGUUUUUGGUAACUACCAGAGAAGUGCUGUUCUUCGGGGAGCCAUCCUUGUUGCAGACGAUCAAAGCAAUCCAUGAUGUGCUGUUGGUGUGACAGUUUUUCACGGAUCCCUCUGCGAUCCUAUCCACGAGAGAGUUCGAAAGAUGCCGGCGAUCAGCCACCGGGAGGAUAGGGUCAAAACGACCACUGGAACCCUCUCAAAUGGUCAAAUUGCGUCAACCACCACUACAACACUACAGUAGUAACAGCUGUCUUCCAUGGACUUUUCCAAACUUGUAACUACGUACGUACUACCUACUACUUGUGAAACUCCUAGAAGCAUUGCCCAAACAUCGGGUUUGUUGCAAAGGCAACCCCCAUCACAGAGGUGCAAAAGUAGUAACAUGUUUUGCAAUGGCGCUAGGGGUACCGGUACACGACGACGAUUUACGCCACUCGUAGGUCGUAUUUUCACCGUACGAGUACGUAGUUUUACUACCACGAUUAGGUCGUAUGAAGUUCUUGACAACUCCCACCAAGGACUUCGAAAGAUGUGAGUUUUUUCUAUCUAUUGUGCACUGUAUUUUCUACGUACUGGCACUUGUAGUAUGAUGUACACACCGAUGCUGUAUGAUUUCUGUUUUGAAGCGUACGAGUACCGGUAUCGGACUACUGAAAGUGAGUACUCGUACACUACGUUCCAGACGGUACGUUGGCGUAGGAUAUCCUACGGUACGGGUAGGGUCCAUGGAACCAAAGUCGAGAUGAGGGAGCUCCCMGGAAGGAUAUUGGGGGUGUGCUUUUCGAUCGCAAUCACAACAGUCCGUUGUACACAUCGCAGCAUCCAUGCCCAAUGGGAAAGCCGGCAGCGACAUCUCAAGACCCCGCCAUUGAUUGACGAACAACAGAAAGCAGAAAUGGUGACAUCCUUCACGGCCGUGUUCUCUUGCGCGUUGGUCGUCACUAUCAUCGCAAGCCUUCGAUCAUCGAAACAGAGCACCAUUUUCGGUUUCCGGACGUCUCGCGGUGGCGAUGGCGAUGGCAAUGGCAAUGGCAAUGGCGCUGCGGCUCGAUCGUCGGUUUCGGAUCAGAUUGUGAAGAGGUAUUUGCCGGCAUAUCUUUUGGCCGUCUUUUCGGACUGGGCAAAGGGUCCGUGCGGUUACGAGCUGUAUUCUUCCGGCGAGUACUACAACUACGACUCCCACCAUGCGUAUUUGUUGUGUUCGGUGGUUCCAUUCGUGAGUUCCAUGCUGCUCGGACCCGUCGUCUGUGGACCGCUCGCGGACAUGGGAGGAUCGAAGAGGGCGGCCGUGGUGUUUGCCAUCGUCGCUGCACUCGGCAACGUUGCCAAACACUUUCGAGAUUUCAGAGCGCUGGUGGUGGGGAGCAUCCUGGAAGGCGUCUCUGCUUCUUUGCUUUUCACCGCGUUCGAUUCGUGGCUGGUUCGAUCCCAUCACCGCGGUGCUCCUCCGGAGACGAAACCACCGGCGACGACCAUCUCGCCGUGGACAUCAAAGGCAGCGCCGUCCCUGCGGCUCUCCCGUGCGUUUGCCACGGCGGAAUACAGAAACAACAUGGUCGCCAUUGCAGCGAGUUUCGUCCCUUCCGUUGCAACCGGCGCGAUGCCCUUCCAACCAUUGGCUUUGCCAAACGAGAAAGGAAGCACCGCCGUUGUCUAUGCCGGCGGGGUGUUGAAUGCAUUCGAUCUAUCGACCCUUGCCCUGUUGCUCUGCGGAACAUUCAUUGGUCUUGUUUGGGACGAGAUUCCGACCGAACCCGCGGAAGAACGAAGGGAGACACGACCCGGCAGCCACGCGGAAGGUGCGGGGGCCGACGCGGGAAGACGGCUUCCGCUGUGGAGGCGGCACCGGUCCCUGCUCGGGGGUGCGUCCUUUGAACUCCUUCGUUCCGAGGAAGUCUUCCUGGGCGGCGCCGUCUGCUCGUUGUUCGAGACCGCCAUGUUUGUCUUUGCCGUUUCCUGGACGAAGGCGAUCGCGUCGCGCGUCGACGACGACGAAAACAUCCCGUUUGGCCUCGUCUUUGCCACCUUCAUGCUCGGGUGCAUGGUGGGGACCUCGGUCUAUGCCUUGCUGAUCGACGAAACGAAGGUCCGAAACGAGACCAUCGGGGAGGGACUGCUAGCGGUAGCGACCUGCACCUUUAUAGCAAUGGCAUCGACCAGGUCGGCCACGCCGGCGGUCUUUCUGGUGUGGUUCUUUCUGUUCGAGGCGACGGUCGGUGUGUACUUUCCAAUGAUGGGAACGCUCAAGUCGGAAAUCGUUCCGGAUUGCCACCGGACGACCGUCUGCAACCUGUACCGGGUCCCGUUCAACCUUUUCAUGGUGGCAUUCCUGUGGGUGUUGGAGCACCGUGGCAUGUGUCCCGAGUCGUGCUUUGCACUCUGUGCCUGUAUGGCGGGGGCGGCGUUUUUCUUCCAGGUGGCGCUCGGCAGGUGCCGCGAAACAAGGCUGCUCUCUCGGCUUUCGAAGCAGCACGAAGCGUCCUUCCGGGAUCGAGGCAUGCGGCAAAAGAAGGCGGCCUGAGAACCGGAACCGCGAAUCGCACACAAAACAACCCGCCUCUGGAAGAAGGACCUGUGUUGCAAGGAUUGCAAUCUCACAGACAAAACAC